AUGAGAUAGGAGGAAAGUGAAUCACUUACAGAGAGUUAAGUACUCUUAUUUAUGAAUGAGAAGAUGAGAGAGGAAGGAAUGCUUGAUAGAAUCAAAUUAUAAGUUAGAAAAGAGAUAGUUGAUAAACUUAUGUAGGAACCUAAAUAGAAAAAAACAAAAAGAUUAUUUGAUCUAAAAGUAGCUGAUUGUUUUAUAAUCAAUUUCUUAUAAACAUAAAACUUUCUUUGCACUGCUGAAAUAUUUAUAUAAGAAUGUGGAAUUGAUAAAGUAGAUAUUUUACAAACUUAAGAAUUACUUUAAUUACAUGGUUUAACCAUAAGAGAUUAUGAAUAACAUUUAUUCUAAUUAUAAUAAGGAACCAUUUCUGCAUUAGAAAUUAUGAGAAGUGUAAUAAAAAGAAAAUAUCAUAUUGAAAAAACAGAUCAUUCUUGUUAGACAGAUGAAAGAGAAGAAACAUAUGAAUAAAAGAUGAGGAAUCUUGAAACUGGAUUUCUUAAGAAAAUAAAUUAUUCAAGAUUACAUGAUAUGCAAACAAUUGAGGAAAGAGUAUUAUUAAAAAUAUAUUAUUGAUUAGAUGAAUAAUUUAAGAAAAGAUGUAGAAUAAAAAUAUUAAGCAAAAUUAGAAGCUGAAAUAGUACGUUUAAGAGAACAUGAAAUGGAAAUGAUAAGGUAGGAAGAGAGAAUUAGAUAUGAGAAAAUGUUGAAAUAAAUGAAGUCAGGAGCAGAUGAAGAAUAUGAAGAAAAAUUAAAAGAAUUGAAAAAGAAAGAAGAAGAUGCUUUAAUUAGAAUUAAUGCUAAAUUAAAAGCUAUUGAAUAGGAUAAAUUUGAAAAGUAAUAAGAAAUCUAAAGGUUAUAUUUAUAUAUAUAUUAUUUAGAUAGUUGCAUGAAUUAGAAUAGGAGAAAAUUAAAUAUCAUAGACACAAAUGUUUAGAUUCAGAUGUUGUCAAAUAAGAGUUGGCUGAAAUGGAGGCAAUAAAGUUAGAUCUUAGAAAGGCUAUAGAUGAAUAUAAAAAAAGCAAGGAGUCUUUAGAUUAGUAAAAUAUUAAAUAAGCAGAAAUGCUUAAUGAAUAUUGGAAAGAGAAGAUAGCCAAAGAGAGAUAGGCAAAGAAGGAGGAAGGCAUUGAUGAUGAAACUGAUUGGGUUAAAUAUUAGAAGGAUAACUGUUCUAGAUUAUAAAAGCAAAGAGAAUAUUUAUUAAGUGAGAAUGAAACUUUGAGAUAAGAAAUUAAUGAACUUAAUUACAAAAUAUAAGAGAUUCAAAAGGAAUUGGAUAAAUGCAGAAAUGAAUUAAUGCAAGCAAAAGAUGAGAGAGAUAUAGAACAUAAUUAUUCUUUACGUUUAGAGGGUUAAAUUAGAAUUAUCACCUAAAUUAAUGAAAGAAACAGUAAAAUAUGA